AUGCAAACACGAGCUUGCCCAAGAAGCUUUCCAAACCGCCGCUGCACUCCAGCCUCCACCACCACCACCACCACCACAGCAGCAGCAGCAGCAGCAGCAGCAGCAGCAGCAGCAGCAGCAGCAGCGUGGGUGUGCGCAGUUGUGAACAAGGCCUACGAGAAGCUGCAGGAAGAAGGAGUUCGUUUGAAGUAUGAAGGAGUUAUUGAAGAAGCAAAAAAAAGAAUUUUAAAAAAAAGAAUUCAAGAAAACAAAUCCCGAAAAGCAGCAGGAGAGCGUUUGCUGCCGGAGACUGAGGAGGCGCUGCGGGGGGAAAUUUUGGAGUGCUGCGAAUUGCUGCUGAAGGAGCUGAAGGAGAAGCAAGACUACAAGGAGCGCUGCAGAGCAGCAAAUGAAAAAUACGAAAGAGAAAAAGAAGACAAACUGAUUGAAGAAGAAAAGGAAAAAUGCAGAGAGAGAAACGAAUGGGUCAAAAAGAGAGAUGAGCGCGUCAGCAGCUGGAGGGAGUACCAGGAGGGUUUGAAGAAGAAGGAAUUUGACCACCGGGCCUUCACGGGGCUGCGGCACGUCAGAGAAGAAAGAAAAGAAGAUGACAUAAUUAAAAAGAGACAAAAAGUCCAGGGCAUAGACAACUCCUACAAACUCAACUGGAGAUAG